AUGUCAAGUUUCCCAGCUGUGCGUAGUGCGGUGCCCUCCCCAGACGGCUCCCUAGUCGCAACGCUUCAAAAGUCCCGGCUUCUCGUUAGAUCUGCUGCGACAAGUGAGGUUAUCGUAUCUUGGCCAUUAGCAGCGGAAUUUGUCAUCAAAUGUAAUACUAUCCAAUGGUCGCGUAGUAGCAGAGAUCGUACUGCCAAUGAGCAGCGAAUUCUGCUCGCGGAUCAGGACAGCGUGCGAAUAUACUGCACUGAGGAUCCGAAUUGGCAAGCUUCUGUUGACAACGCAGCUGGAAAUCUUGGCCAACUUUCCAACGUGGUAUUUGGACAUUCGUUGAGUGACAUACUUGUUUUCUCGGAUUUCGGCGUCAAACUCACCAUCUGGUCUCUCAUCACGAGGCGAGGAUCCGAAAUCAGGGAUCCAAAAUCUUCCGUGGCAUGCUUUGAUAUAAGGUCAGAAACGGGUCAUCUAGCUCUUUUGACACGAACGACUGCGCAAGAUACUUUACUUUUGCUUCAACCUGCGACUUUCGAAUUACUGAAAAGUGUAGAACUCUCAACGGUCGAUGCCCAGGAGGUUCGCUGGAGCCGUGAUGGGCGUUGGAUUGCUAUCAGAGACAUCGCAAGUGUAGGACACAGAGUUCAAAUCUACACGGCAGACGGGCAUCUUUUCAGAACAUUUAGCGGAGUGCAAGAUCCGGAUCAGAUUGAACUGGGCGUGAGAUGUAUGGAAUGGACGGCGUCUGGAUUGCUUGUCAUUGGCGACUAUAAUGACAAUGUCACGGUGCUAAGCAAGACCACGUUCAAUCCUUUAAAGACAUUACACCAUACGACUCCCAUCAGUCUUCCUGGUAUUGAAAUUUGGGAGGAGCAACUCAAGGCUGGGAUGGAGAGAAGCUACGCCUUGGCCGCUCAUCCUGCAAAUCCACCAUCUUCGUCUGCAAUUACCAAAUCGCUUCCCGCAAAGCAAGGUGUCUCCGUGAUGGCUUUAAACUCUGACCAGACAAUGCUCGUGACAAGGUCGGACGCAGCACCUACAACCGCAUGGUUAUGGUCGAUGAAGACUUUGAAGCCAAUUACAGUCCUAAUUCACCAUUCUCCGAUAAGACAUUUGAAUUGGCAUCCGCAACAACCUGAUCUACUUCUCAUUCACUGCGCUUUUCAAGAGCCUACGGUCCACUUUUGGAAAUCUAAUUGGGAUAGUCCACUAGCGAUUAAGCUUCCACUAGAGAGAGCUGCUGGGAGGCUGGAAUCAUCCUGGGUCCAAAGCAAUGACGCCGAAAAUUUCAGUGUUCUACUAAGCUCUUCGGUAUCCUCUAUAGUCUCUCGAAUCUCGGCUGCAGGAGAACUUGUCCAUGUCAAUAACGCAUCACACACCAAGACAGAGAUGAUGAUUGAUGAAGCUGGCGUUGAGGACAUGUUCGACGAAGGAAAUUCACUUGAAUUCUCGCCAGUCAGAUUUGAGGACACCAUGGGAUAUGGAACUUUGAACGACCUUGGUAGAUCGAAUUUGGGGACUACUGAGGCAAUCGUUGAUGACACCUUUCAUUAUCGCAGACAAAAUCAAGCGAUUGCUUGA